AUGGCCAACCCCGCUUUUCGGCGAGAUUGGCUGAAGAAGAAACACAAGUUCGAGGUGCGAGUGGACAAAGCUCUCGAGUAUGUUGCACAAAGCACGAGACGAGCGACUUUGAAGGAGCUCAGCAAAGGGAAAAGGAAAGCUAAAAGGACACUAAAUAAUUCGGUCCGAGAACGCAGUACACUUCACAUCCUCCGCAAGGAAACGGCACUGGAGGCAGCAACGGCGAAGGAGAUCAGAAAUCUCAAAGAAAAGGUGAAGCAUCAGGAGACGGAAAGUGCUAGUCUCAAAGAGAUCAUUCUGACAAAAGAGCGACAGGAGAUGGAAUAA